GGGACUGAAUCAAAGAGAGAAAGAGUGAGAGAGCCAACAGAAAAGAAAGAUGACUGUCUGAAGCAAGAUGGAUCCAACUGAAGCCAGCCUUUCCUCAAAAGCAACAACCUCUUUCAACGAAGGAAGGGGAGGUGAUGUGACUCAGCCAGGCGAAGUGGUGGAGCAGUGGAGGAAUGGAGGAGAGGAAGAGAGACAGAGGGAGGUCGAGAGAGAGGCGGGCGUGACAGAUGGAAUAACUCUGGCUGCAGAGACAACUACCAACCACAGGGUGUCAGCAGACAAACGCAGAUUCAAUACUGUGGGAUACCAUAGGAAGCUGAAGCAGAAAGUGGUGGCGGACUAUACCACGGUGAGUAAGGGAGCGUCUGGAAGUUUCAAACCCCGAGCAGCACUGAGACAGGUCCUGUUCAGCCAGGGAGCGACUGACAAGAGCCCCAUGCCUGAGGGCGCAGGGCAGUUGGAUGCUCUGAAGCGGACUCUGGAGGCGUUCCCAGUACCAGUAUGUCUGAACUGGAGCUGGGGGGAGGAGGGGACAGCAGCCACACUGGAGAACAACUGGACUGAUAUAGUACACAAUCACUCGAUGAUGUGUAAGACCCAGAGGCACCAACAGGAGGCACUGUGGGAGUUGGUCCACACUGAGCUCACCUACAUCAACAAGCUCACUGUUGUCGCUGAUUUGGUGAUGGCAGCUCUUACCAACCUGCACCAGCAUGGAUUCCUCUUAGAGGUGGCCCCUGAGAGCCUCUUCUCCAACCUUCCCUCCAUCCUCAGCGCCCACCGGCUCUUCUGGCAGGAAGUGAUGUAUCCCAUGUUACAGGAAGUCCGCAGGACGGGGAAGCCCUUUGACCCCAUGGGGUUAGAGGCAGGAUGCCUGCAGUUCCCUGAGCGUUUCUCCACCUAUCUGCACUACUGUUGUAAGGAGGAGAGCACAGUGGACAUUACGAGCAAACUGACAGACACCAACCUGCACUUCCACACCUACUUAAUGUGGGUGGAAGCACACCCCCAGUGUGAGCGGAUGCGUCUGGGAGAUAUGCAGGCCAAACCCAUCCAGAGGAUCACCAAGUACCCCCUGCUGCUGAAGGCUGUCCUCAAGACCACCCAGGCUCCCCACACUCAGCACACACUCAGGGGCAUGUUGGCUUGUGUUAAUGGCUUUCUGCACAGCAUCAAUGACUACUUGAGGCUUAAGGAUGAUGAGCAGGCCCUCUCGCUUUCCGCCCAGAAGAUAGAGGGAUAUGACGUGAUGGAGGGGAUGAAUGAGGAAAUCGAAAAGCAUGUCAGAGAGUUAUGCAGUUUUGAUUUGACGUGCCCUGUCAGAGGGGUGGGUCCUGGGGUCAUACGCAAGCUGCUAUUGGAGGAGACUCUGAAGAUCAGAGGAAGGAAGGAUCACAAGCUGGAGGUGACAGCCCUGCUCUUCUCUGACGUGCUGCUGGUGACCAAGGGCCAGAAGAAGGCAGAGAGACUGAAGGUAGUUCGCCCCCCACUGGCCCUGGAUAGAACACGCUGUAACACACUCAAAGAUGGCUGUUCAUUUGUGGUGGUGGAGGUGAGUGUUCUGGGUUGUGCGGCGAAUGUCUACACCUUCUCCACCUCCAGCCCAGAGAGCUGCUCUACAUGGGUCUUCACCAUCCACGAGGCACAGGAAACACUGCAGGGCCUGAGAGAGACAGAGGCCAGUAGACGACUGCAGACCAAACAGAGAGACCUACAGCUACAGGAACAAGCCACACCCCCUACAGAGCCCAAGAUGACCAUUGAGGAAUCAGUUGAUCAGCCUCCUGACCAAUCAGAAGCAGAGAUCACUUCCUCUUUGGAGGUGAAACCUGUUGAGGAACUCCUCAUCCAAUCAGUGAAUGGAACAUUGGUGCCCAUAGCAACGGAGGCGGAACAACAAACUCAGGAACCAGUGGACUAUAAAGAUGCAAUGUUACCAGGACAACCACGUAAGCUCAGUGACAUUCAUAACCAAUCAUUCUUCCAACCUCAACCCAAACCCAACGGCCCACACAACCUGUUGCUAGGCAGAUAUCCUGACAUAGACUACGACUACCCACGACACCAAUCCAGCACUUUCCCACUUUCUCCAUGCAGGGAAAACAAUCGAAAAGAUUCUAUCGCUAUUUGUCAAAUGGAAUCCCAAGGAUUGCUCUCACAGGGAGGACGAGCCACAUCCACACGGAGGAAUUCUGCCCCUCAGUCAGUGGAGCAACAAGCCAUGAGGAACUUGUGGCUCACCCAAUCAGGAGAGGAGGAGGCUUUAGCGGAAUCAUGGAGGUUUUCUCGGAAGUUGAAUUCACCACGGUUACGCAGGAGAAAACCAAUAAACACUGAGCAGACUGCUACCCCUCAGAUGUCACAAAGUGGGUCUGACAGCUCUGGGAUGGCCCAGUCUGCACCACGCACAAACUCUUCUUCAAACUCCAACUCUGACUCAGACUGUAAACAGAAACUCAGAGGUUCCUACCAACACAACUCAGGUUCCUCCGGACAGAGCUCUGACUCUCACCUGGUCCUCAAGCUGGGGUCCUUGAAGAUGAACAGAGGGGUGUUCUGGGACAUGCCUGCAGAGAGAGAGUUCUCCCCAGAGCCCCAUGCUUUCUCUGAGCCAGAGCUGCCCAAAGACAUCUCUAAAGAAAAGGAAAACACCCCAAAAAGGCCUAAGUUGAAGACCCAGAGGAGCACGUCCAUACCAGACAUCAUCCUCCAAGAAGGAUAUAGUUCUCUUCUGACCUCAGCCAAGCCCUCCAACGCACGAAUAGCCCACUCUCCCCCUCCUGGGUUGGAUCCAUACUUGCACCCCUCCCCCCUGGAGAGCAUUUUGAACCGGGCCAAGGAGAGAAGAAAGGACAGAGGGAGAAGAGAGGGAAAUGGGAAAUCUCCAACCUUCAGAACAUGGGCUCUUCCUCCUUCUCCGUCUUUCUCCACCACUACGUCCCAGUCGCCCAGUGAAGGGGAUAGAGAGACUGAGUGGGAAGAGGUGGAGCUGGUCAGACGGCUGGCCCCCAGUGUCAGUCAGGGAUGGAUAGAGGAGAGGGUGGACGGAGAUGAGGAGGAGGAGGAGAAGAAGAGCAGCCCCGCCUUCCCUGAUAGUGCCAGGGUUGAUUGGCCAGGCUGGUGCUUUGAAGCCGAUGAGGUCCUGGAUCAGCUGACCCCAGAGGACAGUGGCGUUGGGGUUGAUGAGGAGUGGUGGGAAGCGACUGAGGUGGGGCUCAGCCAAACUUUGACCUUGAGAGACUUCCAGCGAAUCGGCACGCAUGAGGACGGGACGAUUAGUCAGGUGUAGUUCUGUAUAGGCUCCUGGGAGUCCUUCAUUCUCCAAGACUUUAUCUGCACUUUAUGGGGAAUUAUAUGUCAUUUGAGAUUUUCACUGUGCCGGAGUAGACAUAUAACAACGUGAUACUUUUCCACAGCAAGAUGUUGAUUGAGUGAGCUGAUUGCCACCAAAUGUUUGAUUUCAGUUUGUUACAUGCAAUGUUUGUGUGAUUUUGAGUUUGUGAUUAUGAGUGAACAUCAGAAUAAUAAUAAUUUUCUUCAACCUGCAUAAUAUUGUUAGAGCAACAGAUGUAGGAUCUUCAUUUGAUCCCUCUUUUGUUGCUGAGGUUUUUCCUGCAUCACAGGAAAUGCAGAUGAGCUUUGUGAUUUACAUAAAUGUACUGAAAACCCACACUAACACACUGUUAUAUUAACAGUAUUGCACUUUUCAUGUAGCCUACUUUUGGCUGAUCAAGCAACAUUAUGGACUAAAUGUUCAAAUCCUGUUGCUGCAGCAUUAUUAAGAUCCUACAUCUGUAGACACCUGUACUGUCUUAUACAAGUGUACUUUUGAUGUGGUGUCAGUUAACUGAAAUGCUGUGUAUACAUAGAAUGACAUGUUUCAUUGAACUUCAUUUGAGUCGUUAAUUUAUAAGAGUAACUGCAUAUUUGGUAUUGUGACCCAUUGGGGAGAUUCAUACUGAUACAUAGUAAUAAAGAGAGAGAUUUAAACCAAUGAAGUGUUUAGA